AGACACAGAGGGAGAGGGAGAGAGAGAGAGAGAGAGAGGUGGGAGGGGGGAAGAGAGAUGGAGGGAGGGGAGAAUGGGAGAGUUGCAGAGGAGGUGAGGGUGCCGUUGCUGGUGGCAGAUCGGGGGCGGAGCGCCGAGGCGGCAGCCAGGGUGGCGCGGAAGAACUCGGUGCACUUGAUGAGGGGCGAGUUCGUAGCCCGGCUGCCGGAGAAGGUGAGGCUUGGCGUCGACCCCGAGUGGCCCUUCACCAUCGACGUCUCCCGGACCAAAGACCUCAACGAAGGAGAAAAGGAAUACUAUGAGAAACAGUUUGCCACCCUGAGUUCUUUCGAGGAAGUAGAUUCGUUAGGAACACCUAGCAACGUUGAUGAGGCUCAGGAUAUUGAAGAGCAAGUACAGAGUGAAUUUGCAAUGAAGAUUUCUAAUUCCGCAAAUGUAGCUCUCUUGGCAUUAAAGAUUUAUGCUACCAUACGAAGUGGAUCGAUAGCUAUUGCUGCGUCAACGCUGGAUUCGUUACUAGAUCUUUUGGCGGGUGGUAUCCUCUGGUUCACUCAUCUAUCCAUGAAGCAUAUCAAUAUAUACAAAUACCCAAUUGGCAAGCUACGCAUUCAACCAGUCGGGAUCGUCAUAUUUGCUGCUAUCAUGGCUACCCUUGGAUUUCAGGUUCUGGUUCAAGCUCUUGAACACUUGUUGGUAAACAAGUCUGCUGACAAGAUGACUUCAUUACAACUGGUGUGGCUAUAUUCGAUCAUGUUGACUGCCACUUUUGUAAAGCUAGCUCUGUGGCUCUACUGCAGAACCUCAGGAAACAAGAUCGUUCGUGCCUAUGCUAAGGAUCAUUAUUUUGAUGUUGUUACCAACUUGCUUGGCCUGGCUGCUGCAAUUCUUGGUGAUAAAUUCUACUGGUGGAUUGAUCCUGCUGGCGCUAUUAUACUUGCAAUCUAUACAAUUUCAAAUUGGUCAGGAACUGUCUGGGAGAAUGCAGUCUCUUUGGUCGGUCAGUCAGCUCCACCGGAGAUGCUGCAGAAGUUAACUUACCUUGUAUUAAGGCAUCAUCCUCAAAUUAAACGUGUUGAUACAGUCCGUGCUUAUACGUUUGGUGUUCUUUACUUUGUGGAGGUCGACAUCGAACUCCCGGAAGACCUGCCUUUGAAAGAAGCUCACGCGAUCGGAGAAUCCCUGCAAAUAAAGAUCGAGGAGCUUCCAGAGGUUGAACGGGCAUUCGUGCAUCUCGAUUUCGAGUGCGACCACAAGCCGGAGCACUCUAUUCUCGUCAAGCUGCCCAGCAGCCAACCUUGAGAUGCAUGAUUGGCCGCAAUGCAUUCUUGAUGUUAGUUUCAGGAUCAACGACUUUUUUCGGCCUUUAAUGUGGUGUGGUGGAGAUUUUGGGGGUGUAUGAAGCCACACAGGUCUUGCGAUGAACUUA